UCUGCUUUAGGCGAGAUUGUAAUCUUCUAUCGCAGCGGCAGACCAGGCAGACCAGCGGCAGAGGAGUCGUAGAAGUUGAGGAAAGAAAAAAAUAAAGAAAGAGAAGAAAGGGGUUUCUUGCCUCUGAGAGAGAGGGAAAGAGAGGGGGAGAGAGUGAGAGAAUGAGCAACGGAGGCGGCAGCAGCAGCAGCAGCAACGGGAAGAUUAUGAAUGGGGUGUCUUCGAUUCCGGCAGCAUCGAGGAAGAUGGUGCAGAGCUUGAAAGAGAUUGUGAACUGCCCAGAUCACGAGAUCUACGCCAUGCUAAAAGAAUGUAACAUGGACCCCAACGAAACCGUCAAUCGACUCCUUGCCCAAGAUCCCUUUCAUGAGGUGAAGAGCAAACGGGAAAAGAAGAAGGAGAUAAAGGAAACCACAGAAUCCAGGUCUCGAGGUGUGAGCAGCGCCACAAAUCGUGGAGGUAGGGGUGGCAUGGACCGUAAUGCUGGACGCAGUGGCUCUGCUCAAUUCAGCUCAAAUGAGCCUGGAGUUACGCGUGGUAAAGCUGCAUACAAGAAAGAAAAUGGGGCAAGUGCUAUUCCGAGCUCAUCUUCUGCAUCUGGUAUUGCAGGACAUAAUACUAAUCGCAAGUCUACAUCUCUGAGUGAUUCUGUUUCCGCGGAAAACACAGUACCGAUGAUGGGCUCACCUGAUAUCAUCCCUUUCUCCUCACAACCUUCUCCAGGAUUUCAACCUGCCUGGAUGGGAGUACCUGGACAAGUUUCAAUGGCUGACAUUGUGAGGAUGGGCAGGCCACAUGGCAAGGCUUCCAAUGUGUCAGCUGCGUCAACUGAGACUUCCUACCCGCCACAUAAUGCAAAUGUGUCCAGUACAUCACCACACAGUGUCAAACAUCCCCCAGUUUCCAUGCCUCUACCAUCAGAAUCAUACCAUGAUUUACAUUCUACUCAAGAUCCUGCUUCAAAGGUUUCAGAGAUAAUUCCCGAUCAAGGCAUUGCUGUGAACCAACAUAUCUCUUGCGACGAAUGGCCCUUGGUUGAGCAGUCACCUGGUGUAAGUGGGUCAUCCGUUGCGGAUUCUGCCGGUGCUUCUGUGCUUUAUGCUGAGCCACCAUCUUCAUCUACCUUGCAUGUUGAUAGAACAACUUUGCAUCUAAAUUCUCGGCUUGAUGAGGUCCAAGUCACAGAGGGAAUUGUUGCUAUUGACAAUCUAACUGCUGAGGCAUCUGAUAGACAGUUACAGGGAGAUGAUUCGGGAGGGGGAUCUCAUUUUGAUGAUAACUCAUUUGAAAACAGAAGUUCAUACCAGCCUCAGAGGCUUGCAUUUGAACAUCAGGAAGAUUAUCCUGUACCUUCUUCAGUUGAAGAUGUUGGUGUCACAGUAUCAUCAGCUGCUGCAAGCUUACAGCAACUAAGUUUACAGAAAGGAGAAGUAGGUGCACGUGCUGCAGAGGGUAGCCCUGCAGUCAUAAUUCCAGAUCAUCUGCAGGUCCCAACUGCGGACUUCUCGCAUUUGAGCUUUGGUAGCUUUGGAUCUGGUCUCAAUCCUACAUUUUCCGGAUCAUUUGCAUCAAAGGCCCUGAAGAGUAACUUGGAGGAACCAUCUGUAGCAGAUGCUCCUCCCGUUGAAUCCUCAGAUACCAGAAAUCCUGAGUACUAUGGCAAUGAGCAACUGAGACCUGCCUCAAAUGAGAAUGUGGAUUCACCUUCGUCUUCACAACCUGAGGUUGUAAAACAUGAUAACCCUGUAGAAGCGACACAUGGGCAUCAGUACCCAUUUCCAUCUGUAGCUGGUUAUUCAUUUGAAAAUGCCACACAGGCAAAUGCUGCAGCAUACUCCUACCCUCAUACAAACCCUCAGAUGCAGAAUCUUGCUCCAUUUUCAAGUGUAAUGGCAUAUACAAAUUCUUUACCAAGUAAUUUAUUGGCAUCAUCUGUUCAACCCGUGCGAGAAUCUGAUCUUGCCAACUCACCUUUCCUCGCAACACAAUCAAUGCCCACAAAAUAUAGCAGUGCAAUGUCUUCAAUUAGCGGUCCAACCAUUUCAAUGCCAGAGUCUGUGAAACCGGGUGUCUUCUCCACACCUCAGCCAGCCCCGCAGACCUUGCCCAGCACCAACAUUCCAACAGGCCCCACACAUCCUCAACAUCUUCCCGUCCAUGCAUAUUCCCAGCCAACUCUUCCUUUGGGGCAUUUUACCAACAUGGUUAGCUACCCGUUCCUGCCUCCGAGCUACGCAUAUAUGCCAUCUGCCUUUCAGCAAGCAUAUGCGGGGAACAGUGCUUUCCAUCAAUCUCCAGCAGCAGUACACAGCGGUGGCAUAAAGUAUUCACUCCCACAGUAUAAAAACAGCGUUUCUGUGAGCAGUUUACCCCAGUCUGCUGCUGUCGCUUCUGGAUAUGGGGGCUUAGGAAGUUCCACUAACCUUCCAGGGAGCUAUAUGCUGAAUCCUUCUACCACCCCUCCAAGCACUACAAUUGGCUAUGAAGAUGUCUUAAGCUCUCAGUACAAAGACAGCAACCAUUUUCUCUCUCUUCAGCAGAAUGAAGGCCCCGCUAUGUGGGUCCAUGGGCCAGGUUCCAGAACCAUGUCGGCUGUUCCUGCGAGCACAUAUUAUAGUCUUCAGGGACAGAAUCAGCAGAGUGGGUUCCGGCAAGGUCAGCAGCCCUCGCAUUAUGGAGCCCUUGGGUACCCAAAUUUCUACCAUUCUCAGGCAGGUGUUUCGCAGGAGCAUCAGCAAGCUCCCAACGAUGGGACCCUAAGUUCCUCACAGGGUCCCCCGUCUCAGCAGUCACACCAGAUCUGGCAGCACAGUUACUGAUUGGCUCCGAGUGUCUCCUGGCUUUUCAGGGUGUUGUAGUGAGUUCAAGCAGCCGGUUCAGUGCAUCAUUACGGUUGCCGGUUCAGGGCAUUGUUACGGUUGGAUAAAAAUUAUUUAUAGUGUUGCAGUGUUCGGGUCUGAUCAGCUGUACAUACUAAAGAGAACUUGGCUAGCUGCUGCCCUGUGCCUUGAGAUUGUAUCCUACUCUCAACCGUUGGGUUUGUUUCAACUUAGGCGCACGUGUGACUAAUUUGAGUUUAGUUUUUUUUUUUCUUCUUCUUCUAAGCGAGAAAAUCCUCUCUUGGAUUGUCGCCUCUGUAACAGUUAAAUCUAAAUUAUCUAACUGUAGUAGUUUUCCAUUUUAAAAUUAUCCAACCACGGUUGUUUUCCA